CCCGCCCCGCCAUGGGCCCGAGGAGGCCGAAAACCGGUGGGAUCGCCUCAGCGGGAGCCGCGGGCAGGAGCUGGGAGGCCGCGCUGGUGUCUGCCCCCCUGGAGGAGGAUGACUGGAAGCCUAGUAUCACUUUUGUUGUUGGGACCAAAAUUGAAGAUGAAAUCCACACCAAGGCCCUGUCUCUUGCUGUGCAGGUGCCGCAGCGGAAGCUCUUCAGUGUGGUAAUGCGUGAAGACAUUUUCAGACAGGUCAGAGAAUCUGGGAAUCAAAAGGGGAAAAAGGUUAAGGAUGUGCCUAUGCACUAUGAGGUGAUAGAAGUAGCGAAAGCCAUUCUAGAUAGUGGUGAAGAAAUUCCUGUAACACUAACUGGAAAGCUGUUGAAAUUUCAACUGCUUUGUCUCAAACAGAAGGACCUUCAGAGGAGAGAAGCUGAAAAGGCAGAAGAAGAGCAACAAAAGGAAAAAGAUGGAGGGAAAGAGAAAACUAAACCUUCUGGCAAGAAUGAGAACAUUUCUACUGCCAAGACAGCUGAGAAAGAAAGGAGAGGAAAAAAGACAGAAGAAGUAGGCCCUCUAGCACCAUUCACUGAUAAAAAGGACACUCAGCUGAAGCGGAGGGGACAAGUGGAAAAGGAGGACAGAUACAUUGAUGAUGAACCAGAUGAUGGUGCCCAUCAUUACUUUAUCAUUUUGGGUUUCCACAACCCUCAGCUUUUGGCUGUGAUGUCUGAUCUUGGGAUUAAAAUUUCAAGUGUAAUUAGAAUUUCUUCUGAGAAUUACAAGCCAUUGCAGACAUACUUGGAAGCAACUAAACUUCAAGGAGAAUCUUUACUGUCACCUGAAGUUGCAGAAGCAGAGAAAAGAAAGAAAGAUGAAGCUGUCGGAGACCUGAAAACAUUUUGGAAAUACCUGGAGCCAGUUCUGAACAGUGGAAAGCUUGGAUCAAGUCUCUUUGAUGUUGCCAGACUUCAUCACCUAGUUAAGGAGACCGCUUUUCCCACUGACUGGUCUGACAGAGAAAUGCUGCUUGCAUUUGGCACUGCACUCUUUGAAAGCAUUGCUUGUUUAAUGUAUGACUGCCUGGACUGGAGAAGACAGCAUUGUAACUACUUGGAAAACACCAAGUUUAUUAAUGUGCCUGCAUUAUCAGAGAGCAAAGCGACACAACCACCUGUAACUGAGGUACGACCAGCAUCACAGAUUACACCUUCAAAGAAAAAAAGGCAAGCAGAAGACAUUCUGCAAACAGUAAUUUUGCCACAGGAGGAAGAAGCUGCUUCUUUGGCUGCUUCUGUGGACAUGAGGUAUUACAAUGACUUGCUGAGUCAGAUUCCCGAGGAAUGCUUUUCUGUACCGCUGAUGCUUAACUGCAUGUUGGAACAGGUUAUUGCAAGCGAAGAACACCUUACACCACCUAGCCUGGUGGUACCAGAGCCUCGGGCAGAUGGGCUACAUCAUACCAUUGCAGGUCAUAUAGCCUCUGUUCUUCCUUCUCUUUCACUUUCUGAGUGUGAAAAAAAGGAUCUGUAUGAAUAUUUUUCUCCUAAAUACAAUGCCAAAAAGACUGUCACCCCCAAGUACCCUCUCUUAUUUAACUACCAUGACACCCUGGCUCAGCGGUUGCACCUGCUGAAGGUCCCAGAGAACUUAAAUGCAGAAAAGAUUGAACGUGAAAUGAUGGAUAAACUGCCUUUUACAGAACUUAUCCAUUUCACCCUUCCUUCAACCGAAAACAACACUAAACGCUUGGCUAGCGUUCACGAGCUCAUGCACUAUUGUACCAGCGAACUUCUGAGUUGGGCUGAAGUAGAAAGAGCCUUCAGAGUGUUUACUUUUGAAAGCCUGAGGCUGACUGGGCUGAGUGACUCUGGUCUCCUGGAGAGCUCUGGAUCUAUGGUUGGAGGUGAUUCUGAAGUGUCUCUUAUCCCUUGGGAUAAUCCAGCCAGGUUUGCAAGACAGCUGAGACAACUCUUCCUUAUGGAAAAGAAGCUGCAUGGGAAAUCUCCAAGACAGGCUGGACCUGCAGAAACGAAUGGCAAAGAGGGAAGAGAUGGUCUGGCUGGUCCCGUUUUGAACAAAGAAUUGGAUCAUCGUUUUUCUGAUAUGGUGAGUCUGGAAAAUUAUGGCCUAGGACCAAACUUAGAAGAAAUAAAAAAGACACAGAGGCGCUGUUUGACAGACUGGAGAUUUGCUGAGCAUUUUCAACCCCAUGUUCUUCUUCAGGUUCUUCAUAGUGCAUCCCAAGACUAUAGAUGUAUUGAUUCCUUUUAUCAUACCCAAGAUAACUCUUUGCUAAUGGUUCUUCACAACCCUAUGAAUCAAUACCGUUUGUGCCAAGAAACCUGGGAUAUUGCAUUGCACUCUAACGUUGGAUUCAGGAGCUAUCUUGAGCUGGUGGCCAACUCAAUUGAAGACUGGGUGAACGAGGAAGAAGUCAAAUACCAAGAAGAUAAGAUGGCUAAGGAAGUAGAGUCUCUUAAACUGGAAAAAACUAUGGCAGAAGCACUUUCUGAAUUGUCUGCAUGUGCUGUCAGAAGAACUGGCCUCCCUAAGAAAGCCAAAAGCAGCACAUCAGCAGGAUCUGAGAGUAUGACAGAGACCAUUCCAGAAUCUCAAUGCAAUAAUGAAAAAAAUCCUUUUAUCAGAGAAGGCUCUCUAAAGGCUUGGAAGCAGGAGCGGGACCAAUUACUAGAGAAAGAACUACUUAAGGAAGAAAAAAAAGGAAAAAAAGAAAAUUUGGGAGGUAAAAAGAAAGGACAGGAGAUAACAAUACAUGAAGAGAGGAAAGGUUCCAGCAAGAAAUCUUCCAGAGAGAAGUUUAAAGAUGACCCAGCAAAAGCCCCUGACCUUCAGGAGGAUCCCAGCCUCCCAAAACCACAUCCUGAGAAAGUUUAUAAGUUUCUUGGCUACAAUACAGGAGAGGAUCUCAUUCAAGUGACAGGAACCAAUCAGUAUCUUUUCCCAUCUGAUGGAGGACAGAUUCAGGUAGAGAAGAUAGAAUUUGUAAAAGGUCUAACUUUGGUAAAAGCGAAAGUGGUAAAAGACAACCAUAAUUUCUUCAUUCAUAUCACAGACCCCAAAAAAACCUUAGAAGAAAUUGAAGUGCAAGAAAUUAAUGAAGAACAGAACGUUAGAUCGGGAAAAUUGAAAAAUCAAAAGAAAGCUGUGAGCAAGUUUGGAUCUUUUUCAGCCACCUUGGAAAAUGGAAUCCAGCUGUCCCUGAGCUAUUACGGACCUACAGGGAAGACAGCAGAUGAUGAAACAGAUCCUGUCCUAGCAAGAAUUCUGAACAUCCCUUCUGUUCAUAUUCCAACCGUAAUUUCUCCUGUUACAUCAGCUUCAGGAAAAAAAGAUAAGUCCAUCAAACAAAAAUCAGGCAAACCUCUGUCAUCUAAAAAAACAAGCCAUAGCAAAAUAGGCGUUCCAUCACCUGAGGACCUGGUAAAGCAAGAAGAAGGAAAGAUGGGAAUGGAAGAAUCAGCUUCCCAAACACAAGUGAUGUCAAAUGCUCUUGCUUUCCCAAGUUUGAACGUCUCCUGUCCCAAUGGACUAGUAUUAACUUUCCUUGGUGAAAGUUUUGGAGGUGAAGCCACCACAGCUGAAGCUGAGAAAGUGGUGGUAAAGAGAAAUGAAGACAAAGCAGGUGAAGCCAAAGAAGAGAAGGCCAAAGCAAAUGAAGCAAAGAAGGAAACGGUUAUGGAAAGUGGAGAGAAGGAACAUGGGGUUACAGAAGGUGAAAUAAAGCAAAAAGACACCAAAAGAGAACAGGCCAAACAGUCUGCUCUGGAAAUUCUGGUUAGGCAGAGUUAUCCCCAAAAGGUAAAGAACUGUCGUCUGUAUACAUCUGUGUCAAGGCAAACAGAACAAGAGGUGUCAAGAGUCAUCACCAGUCAAGGAACCAUCAUAAAGUACCUGAUGGAUGGGUCUACCCAGGUUCUGUUUGCUGAUGGCACAGUGAGUAGGAGUCCUGAUUCUGGCCCUGUCCUACCACCACCUUCAAUUCCAGAGAACAUGCAGCCAUUACCAGAAUCAGAGCCUCUGCCUGAAACCAGCACUAAGAAAGGAAAAGGCAGUGGCAGAAACAGUAUAUCACACCCAACCAAGGAUGAGUUGUUUGAAAAUACUGUUCAGGGUCUGGUUAAUUCUGAGCAACCUAAGGAGGACCAGGCAGGAACCUGGAUAACGACAACUCCAUCAGGCAUUCGAGUGGGCACGGAGGGAGCAAAGAGAAUGGAUCUGAAGCCAGUCUUAAUCUAUCAGGCAACUGACCCAGCUGACGGAACGGUUAUGACUGUACGAGAUGAUGAAGUGAUAAUUGUUGAGAAGCUGGAUGGUAGCAGAGUAGUAGAUCAUGCUGACGGCACUAGGAUCACAACUUUCUAUAAAAGCCGUGAAGAACUUUUUGUACCCAAGGAUAGUGAGGAAAUCGAUGAACAUUCAGAAGCCACCACAAAGAAGGUGAAGUGCAUGCAAGUAGAGAAUCCUGAGUUUGCUACUGUCAUAACAGAUUGUGAGGAUGGUACCUGUUGUACCAUCUUUGGAGAUGGGACAUCUAUUAUAGCAAAGCCACAGGGAACGUAUCAGGUUUUACCCAUCAAGGCAGGCUCUCUUUUCAUUGAUGAAGAUUGCUCAGCAGUUUAUACCCAUGAAGUUUACAAUUUCAUCAGCAAGAAAGAAGAGAAUCAAGCAGGGAGAUAUAUUAUGAAACACACUUCCAGCACUAUUUGUGAGGUGAUGGAUCCUGAAGGAAAUAUUUUCAAGGUCAUGGCUGAUGGCAGCACAAAUGUGUGUGUUCCUGGUGCUGGCUGUGAUGACAAGGAGGACAGAAGUUCAGCAGCAGCGCUCGGAGAUGUGAACAAACCUGUCACUUACAAUGCGCACGCCCCCAGGUUCUUCAUCAUCUAUGCAGAUGGUUCUGGAACCGAGCUCCUGCGGAGCAGCGAUGUACACAAGUAUCUGGCCAAUGCCCAUAGUGAUCCCACUGCUGCCGUCUUGCAGGAUCCUGUGCAAGAAUGUCCAGGUGUUUUAAGUAUUACUGUCCUCCGCCCUUUGGCUGAAGCCUCCCCCUGGGUAAUGAAGAAAGAACCAGAGAGUAUUGUUCCUCCAAAUCUUCAGUCAAGGACCCAGGACACAUUUUCUCCUCUUGAGAGGAAGAUCACAGGUCCCUCAGCCCGAACACAUAUCUGGAGGGGUCUCUGCAUUGGAUCCAAAGAGCAGACGUGCUUGCCAGUACCCAUGCAAAAAUGUCCUAAUAAACUGCAAAUCCGUCAGCUAUUCCAGUAUGAGCCACUCAGUGAUGAACUAAGGGAAAAGCUGCAGCUUUCCCUCAAGGAAUAUAUAGACAACAUUUUAAAGCAGGAAGAUGAGCUGGAAGAGAUGAAUGUAAAAGAACCAAGAACAGAAGAGGAAAAGGAGAAUGCUGCAAGGCUCCUUGAACUGGUUACGGCCUUCCCCAACUGGGAGAAGUCAACCGAGAAUCUCAGUGAUACAGCUCACGUAACUGAGCUGUAUGAACAGGCAGUGGCUUCUCAUCGCCAGUGUCACCCAGAGGAGACAAUCACUAAGCAAAGAGAGGACCAGCAGCAGAGGUUCAGCCCAGAAGGAGUACCACCAGUGUCCAAGUGGCAGAGCAGACUGGAAGAACACAGGAGAGAACUCGAUGAAGAAAAGAAGUCCUUAAUGGCAAUAAAAAACAAAAUAAUUCCUCCCUAUUUUGAAUCAGAAUUUGGCCAGCAGUUUUUCCUGAGAAAGUUUCCUGAUGUGGAAGCACUGUCUAUGGAACUUCCUCCAGUUCAAAAGAAGGGAAGUGGGAAUUUCCCUCUAGAGACAAUCAAAAAUCCCAGUAGAGCAUCUGAAUGUCGUGGUACCCUGAGUGAUUCCUCACCUUCACCUGGCCUUCCACUGCAGGCUCAUUCCAAACAAAAUGAAGAUCCCAGCAGCAUGACAGACCUACACAAGGCGGCAAGAUCACAAGAGACACCCUUUCAACGUAAAGUUCAGAGUCUGCUGGUGAAUGCUGCAGGACAGCCAAGAAAAGAGAAAGUGAAAUUACCGUCAUCCCUUCAGGGGGGAAAACCAAACUCCAUACCAAAUAAAAAGAUAGAAGAUCCUGUCGCAGGAAAGGUCAACACAUCUUCUCUUGCAACAAGACAGCAUCUCAGUGGCUUCUUCCACCUCAUUCCGCCCAGAGCGACGCUUGGCGUGCUAAGGGAAGGCUGCACCUAUGCAGCCACUGUGAUCCUGAAGAACGUGGGUGUGAACUUCUCAAGGUUCCGGGUGAAGCAACCGCCUCCGCACACAGGACUGAGAGUGCUGUACACACCGGGACCUGUGGCGCCAGGCUUGCAGGUCGAACUGGAGGUGGAGAUUUUUGCCACAGUAAGCAGAGGGGAAGAUACUGGUGGCCUUGAAGAAGUUUCCCAUGAUAUUGAAAUAGUAACAGAAACAGAGACUCUUCUCCUGCCUGUGAGAGCAACUGUGUUAACUGGCAGCAUCUACGAGUGCCGCCCACAAGGAUACCCCCACGGCGGGAUGGCAGCAACAGUCCGGGCCGUUCCUACAAGCCAUAAACCACGGUCCUGGAUUACAGUACCCCGAAAGCUUUCUGGGUAAAUGUAAGAACUGGAUGCAGCGAUACCAGCCCUAAAUUAAAGUACAGUUGCUUUACCUCCUCUCGGCUUGUGAUCCAUGUCAUCAACAACCCUCACGCAACUGACAGUAAAGCUGUCACACACGUAUCGCGCAGACAUGACGACCUGAGCUGGGAAAGGGGAAGCGCUGGCUGACAUGAACCGAAGGAUCACUGCAGGACUGAGAUCACUACAGCAGCUCAGCUCCUGGCAGCACGCACGGCAGAGCCUCCCCAGUCCCAUCCCAAGCCCUUCGCUGAAAUGUCUCCACAUUAAACAAGCCAUUGAGCCUCCUGGCAGCGGGAGGCUGGAUUUAUUGCAGUUAAGCCCUAAUAAAUCAGCCUCUCUUUAACACUCUUCACUUUCUAAAACCGUGUCUUACCGCUGACCCUUUGAUCUCAACAGUAAGUGUAAUAAGGGACAGGAGUCUGACAGACGGGGAACCUCACAGGGCACGUUCAAGCACACACAACCCUCCGCACACGGCAGUUUGUGCAGCACGUUUCUGUAACCUCAGAGGAUCAGGCUAUAGGGAGAAUGGGUAACAUUCCCUGCCAACACGAAAGCUUUACUGGGAAUUUCUCCUCAAACGACCAGCCGACAUGUUGUAACAUUAGGCAGGUGUUUCAUCUCGCCCAUGCCCACUCAGGCGCCCCACAAUACAGUCAGCGGUGACAGGUCACAAACAGGAGCCCUAUGGGUGCUGCUUCCCCCCUCGAGUCCCCAUCUGCCUCUCAUGUGAACACUGAUGUCAUCUUUUCCUUUCAACUUCAACAUCUGCAAGUCUGCCAUGUUAUCUAACAAGCCAGUGAAGAAAUCCCAGCUGUACCUCAUUUCCUCUCCUCUGGAGAAAAAGAAAAACGACCACAUCAGUCAGUUCUGAAAAGAAACAUAGCAGAGACAGGCACCUCCGACCGCUACAGCUGCUCUAGGGCUGCCCAGAGUACAUCAAAUAUAGCUUCCCCCACUCCAUUUAAAUAUCUUCUUACCUCUUCCAGUGUGGAAUUUUACCCACCGAGUAACACGUAAUUAUAGUCUAGGAGAACAGCAAAUUUAAUGCCUUCCAGCUUAGGGACCUACAACCUGGAGCUCAUCAGUGACAGCAAUUCAGACAAACGUCUCUCCGUUGGUGUUGAAAUGGAAGUACUCACCCUGUCAGGUCACGGUUCAGUAAGACAUCUCCCCCUGCCCAUCCCACCAGUCUCAACAGGAAUUCUGAUCAACAUCAUUUCCCAUUAGAAGCCCCAGGUGGAGAGGAAUUACCUACACGGUCCCCUCCUCCCCCGUGGCUCACCCAGCUCAUCAUGGCUGCCCGGGCUCCAGCCACCCCAUGCUACCCAAGCAGCUGUACCAAGGGUCCCUUCGAACAUCCCUCCUCACAAAAUCUCACAGACUCAAACCCACAUCCAUCUCAACACACAGCAAGGAACUCUGGACUGGUUGGUUUAGUCUCACAAAAACUUGACACACCGACACUCCUAGGUUAAACCCUGUAUUUGGUUAAAUAGUCUUGUUCAGCCAUCCAGAAUAGAAAUAGUUAAGUCUUUGCAGAGGCACUGUGACCAAUUUCUAUCCAAGUUCCUAUCACCCUUCCCAGGUGGUUAUCACCAAAGCCAAUGAUUCCCUCCAUUGAGACGAAACUUACUAGGUCACAAAUUUGCCACAGCUCCUAGUAGAGACCAUCAAGCAAAAAUGACUGAUGGAAGCCUCACCUGACCAAACUUAGUCCUAUCUCAUUUAUGUUUUUUCAGUUAUUUCUUGUCUGUAUUUAAAACAUUUCACAAAGAUUCUCUUAAUACACUCAGAAUUAAACACUGCGCGGGAAGCACGCAGCCUUGAAGGCCAUGACAGCCUUCACUGCUCCUAAGCAUACGCCCAUCCUGACCCUGUGGUCAGGAUUUUUAUGCUACUCCGUUUGUGAAAUAAAAGCAAACUCUUAAUCUAGGUGAAGCCCACGUGAGAGCCCUUUACUCCUGUCGUUCCUUUCCACCAGCAAGAGCAGAGGCCAGUUCUACUACAGCCAGCCCGUAGCAAUUGCAGCCUGUGCGUAACACUUGCGAAGAACCUGGCCAUAACACUGGGUUUGCUCCAAGGGCUGUCCAAGGGUAGAGCUGGGAUUUUUCUUUCCUUGCAUGUGAAUUUCCUCUCCUCUUUCACUACGAGUCAGAGCCCUAGAAGAAUGACAUGAAGAUCAGCAAUAUUGAAAUACCUGAAUUUUAGUCCAACAUUAUGGAAACAUCCCGAUGUAGACUUUUUCAUGUAUUUAAUCAGAUCAAUGUGAAUAAAAACAUCUGUUCCCUAUUAAUGGAAAAGGUGGUCCAAAAGUUGCACAGCCUUCUGACGUGACUGUCUGAAACGCAAACAGCAGAAAGAUUACAGCAUUUCAAACCCCAUAUUCGAUACUCUGCACCAGAAGAGUGCUGAAUGGCUCCUGAUAGAAACCUAACCCCUUGUAAAAACAAAAUAAACCUAUAACCUGCGCCGAGUCAGCUGAGAGCUUUUCCAAGGACUGAGCAUGUGGUAGGUUUCACUG